AGGUGGACAAGGCGAGCCUGUAAAGAGAAUGCGGUGAUGAAAAUUCUGUUGACGUCGUUCAGUUUCCGAGAUACAAUCGAAGGAGAGGACCAGCCACAGAGAUACGACGCCCUGUGGAUGUUGGAGAGGAAGGCGCGCAGCAUUGGUCAAGAGGAGCAAGAGUCCCUCCCGUUCCCGAGCAAGUCGUAUUCUUCGAAAUUGCACGAUUCCUCGGGACCUGGCUAUCCCGUUGCUCACAUGUACACCGGAGACACGUACAUACCGAUGAUGCAGGCUGAAUACAUCUGCACCGACUGUGGCAAGAAGUACAAGUGGCAGGACAGUCUGAAGAGACACCAGAGAGUGGACUGCGGUAACAAGGAGAAAAAGUUCUCUUGUCACUUGUGCGAUCGGAAGUUCAAGUACCGAUACGAACUGCGAAACCACAUUACCGCGCACCAUAUCACCGGCUGAUACUCUUUCGCGGGUGACAGAAAUGGAAAAGACUAAAGCGAGUAUUGUUUAUCGGGAGUCGCGAGAUUUCGCGUUGUGUCGCGCGACGCUCGAAAUAUUUGUGAUCUGAAUUGAGACUGACUGCGGCGAAUAAUUAAUUGCCCGAAGAUAAUUUGUACAGAUUGAAGAAGAUUGUGUUUCGUUACAUGAAACACUGCGACAUUAAAAGAAGAAAAAGGAACGAGGCUAUGAAGCCUGAUAAAAGAUAUUUUCUGUUGUGUAAGCUUGACAAUGGUGGUUGAGAAGAAAUGGAAAUUAAUUAAUUUAUUUGUGUCAUGAGAUAUGCUGCACGAUCUUUUUCCUCUCUUUAUAUAUUAUAGACAGAAAAUUAAAAAUAUACCUCUCCGAUAAAACACACUACAUAUCUGUAUUGAGCCUGUAACAUACAAUAUUCCUUACUCCACUUAAUUUUUUGUUUUUUGUAUUUAUUUAUAUUAUUUAUGUAAUCUUUGUUUCUCCUCCAUAAUAUAGAAAUUUGAACGCGUAUUUCCCAGCACGUUAACGUCAACAAGUUAUUCGGGUUUUCCGUAUUUUCUAAUUUUCAGAAGCUACUCUAAAAAAACUUAACUGCAUAUUGAUUUAAUUAUUCGUAUCAAUUUGCAUUGUUAUAGUCUAUCAAAUCUCGAUAUCUUUUGUGCUCGAUGGCAAGAAUGAAACUAGUUAUCGAUAAAUAAAUCAUAUCUUCUCUUAAUAUCAUCAUAUCAGGAUUGUGAGUUAAGAUGGAUUUAUCCAACUAUUAUAAUGAAAUAAUCACAAUAUUUAAUUAAUAUAAUUAAUUAAUAUAAAUAUUAAUAUUUUUUACGAAGAGAUUCCUGGGUACAAAUCGACUAUACCCAGCACAUUAAUCACUAGUUUUCCAAUUUUCAGGUGCGAAUCAGAAAACUCGCGUGCGGCUAUAGAAUAAGUUAUAAAAAUAUUCCAUAAAAAUAAAAUUAUGAGUGUGCGAGGGAAGCUACAAAUACAAAGGGAGUCUAAGAAGUCAACGAGCUAUUGAUUAUGAUCAAAACAGCAAAAAAUAUAUCUGUUAUCAAUACGACAUGAGCUCCGGUGCGCUUUAAAAUAAAAUAAUUGUCAGAGAUAUCGCAUGUAGGAUGAAAUUUUUA